GCACUAGGUCACAAGGGCUUCAGCCACGGCCAAGGACGCACGCGGUUCCUCAUCUCUCUCUCUCUCUCUGGCUCUCGCGGAUUGCCAAGGAGAAGACGUCGGCCAACUUCUCUGCUGCGAAACUGUGUGGGACGAAUAAGAUAAGAUCUUUGGUGCGAAGAAGGGGAGACAUUUUCUGUAUUUCGUACCUAAAGUGUAAAGAGACAGUGUUGUGUACAUCCACUUCGUAAGCAUAAGACCGAGACAUGUCAUAGAAAUUCAUCUCACUAGAAAAAAAGAAAGAAAACUAAGAACUUGUUAUGCGAACCACCACCGGCAGAAUGUGGCUCUUCAGGAACCUGGUGGCGGUUUUGUUCAUUGCCAUCGUCUCUGCUUCAACCGUCAGCCCUCGCACAUCUCCACCAGUCUCCACCACUCCCUCGCCUCCCACCGCGACGCCUUCUCCGUCAAGCACGCCAGAGAAUGAAGAGGGUCACGUAGUCGCCAGCGCCUCCAUCGCCGACGUCGAGACUCCCGCGGUGGUCGUGGAGGUCGACGAUGACUGGGAGGACGUCGAGGGAGAUGACUACGAUGGCGUAGACGAUGAUGGAGAUGUUUUCCCGGAGGAGGAGGAGGAGGAGGAGGAAGAUACUGAGGAUGAUGUUGAAGAUGACAUUAUCGAGCAGGACAACGAUGAAGACGAUGGAUAUGUCGAAGAUGAUGAAAAUGAUGAAGUACAAGAAUCCUCUUACGACAGAUACGACGAUGAUUCUAUCGUGGAGGACGACUCUUACGAUCACCCCGACGGCUUGACGCAAGAGGGCUUCGAAGCCAACGUUCCUCACCCUCUGCACGACGACCGCGAUAUUAUCAUCGACAAGGACAACCUGGUCCCGGUGCUUCGGACGGUGAUCUUGGCCUACACGCACAAGGAGCGCCCGUCCUACAGCGAGCUCCUGAAGGCCGCGGGAAUGAGCGCCUUCAAGACUUCUCUCAAGUACAUCGGCAAGGAGAAGCUGGCGUCAAACCUCCUCUCGGCGGCCAAAAGGCUGACGAACGUCUUCGACGACGACGAGCGAGACAACGCCACCCUGAAGGUCCUGGGAGAACUAGCGGAGGAGUACCUGGCCAAUCACCGCUUCAAGUUGGUGCUGCCCGAGAGCCUUCUGCUGCACCGCCAGGAGAUGCAGGAGUUCCUCGCGCGGCAGGAAACCAUCGUGGAGAGUCGGGACUUCUCGACCUCCGAGCUUGAUAUAUCCAUGCCUCGAGCUGACCCCGGAGUCACCACCCUCCUGUCCAUCGGCCCCAUGACGUGGAUGGCCCUCAUCGGCGGCCUCGUCUCUAUCCCCUACUUCCUGUCGGACUCGCCCACGCCCGCCCGCGUCGACAAUCCCGCCCGCAACCCAUCGCCCUUCCUCCAGCCCCCUCACCUGCCCUUCUACAACGUGCAUCACCUCAGGAGGGACGAGCAGGAGCAGGCGCACCACCUGCAGCAUCUGGACCCCGAGCAGGCAGAGUACCAGCAGAGCUACGCCGAGUGGUACAACAACUGGUAUCUACGGUACAAGCAGUACUACGACGAGAACUACCCUGACCUCCGACAGGCCCACAUCCAGAACCAGCAGCAGCUACAACAGCAGGUCGCACCGCAUCCCCCGCAGCAGCAGCCGCAGCCGUCCCAGCAGCAGCCCAUCCUGGCCUUCAGACAGCAGCCUCCCCGCGGCGUACAGCAGCUUCCCCGCGCCCACUCCUCCAACAAAGUCGUCCAGCGCCCUCAUGCCCCCCCACGCCCGCAGCGCCCGACCAUCGACUUCAUGAAGCCCCCUCCGCCUCUGGGCUCUGAGGGCGGCCCCGUCCGCGUCCGACCGGCUCAGCCAAGACCUGUGAACCCCCACCAGAACCCCGUCCCUCUACAGGCCCCAAGGCAGCCGGUGCUGCAGCAGAGGCCGGGACCCAACUCGGCUCGCCACGCGGUCAGCGCCGAGGACACGUCGGGCGGCGUCAACACCUUCGGGACGUUCCAGGACGAGGGAAAGAAGGGCGACACGCACUUCAAGGUGUUCCGGGGGGUCGACUCCGGCAGUCCCGCCACGUUGAGCACUGUGAGGCCCCGCGAGCCCAGCCCUCAGCCCGUGUUCGUGCCCACCACUGAGAAGAACCUCCAGACCGAGAGCGGGUUCAAGCCGAUCAUCCGAGCCGACUCCCCCAACCCGAGGCCGACCCGAGCACCUGCCAUCGUCCCGAACGUCAGGCCUGUCGCUGUGACGUCCGGCUUUAGUCCGCCCAAGCAGGAGACCGUCUUGACCAAGAACGUCCCUUCGACGGCGGGCCACACGAUCUCCAGCGGAUUCCAGCCCAUUGCCUCCGCCCCCGAGGCCGCGCUGCCCAAGAAGGUUCCGGAGGGCGGCGUCCGGAAGGUCUCAGCUGUGACCUCCAAGGUGUUCAGCAGACCGUCCACGACCAGCAUCCCGCCCCCCGUCACGACCCCCCAGCCCGCCAUCUUCUUCCGAACCGCCACCCAGAAAUCGGUGAGGGUCGUCACUUCUUCGUCGGUCGUCCUGCCUUCCUUGUCGUCGUCUCAGGGUUCUUCCGUUCUCUCCGUCGACCUCCCGGAGCUGAAACGACCUCAGAGGCACCAGGAGUCGCAGGCAGCGGUUCAAGACGUUGAUGACAAGGCGCUUCAUCCCCAGCCAUUAGUGUCCGUCCCAGCUAACGAACCGGCGAGGCAACAACAAACCUCCGUGGUUGUGUCUAGUUCCAUAGGCUCCGACCCAGGCUUCGUCCGCACUAACAUCCCGACCGAAGUCCGCAUCGUCGACCACCAGAAACCGGCCGAGGCUUUUACAACCCAGAGGCCAGAAGCGACCACCGUCUCCAUCUACGCCCUUGACCCCUUCUACGGCUCGAGACUGUCACGAAUCGACGUCAUCUUCCAUCAGAUGAACAUGGUUGAGGAGGGAUGCAGGGAACAGAUCGUGUGCAACAUCUACAAGAACCCAAAAGCCUUCACUCCCUUCAGCGACUUCCUUUCUCGCCAGCUCACAGUGAAACUCGAAGAACUGCAGAGACCGAAAGUCUCCGACGAGAGGAUCCUCCGCUUCUUCCGGUACCUGAAGGCGGCGAAGGAGGGCCAGGACGGGUCGGACUGCCAGGCCAAGUACCCCGAGUGCCUCGUCGACACCACGACCCUCUCGCACCAGCCGAUCAUGAAGGCGUUCGAAAAGGUGUCCAUCCUGAGGAACGCGGCUGGCUAAUGCACGGGGAAGUCGUGGUGUUUAUGUUGAUGGUGAUGUCUUGUUAUUAUAUUAUUAUCAUUAUUACUUUUUUAAAUUAUCAUUUGAUGAUUCUGUGCGAUGGUAGAUGUUACCAGUCGAUCCGCGCGCGUGUGUGUAUCCGAGAGUCGUUCGGGUUUGUGUGAAUGUCCAUGGCCGUUUUAUUUGUUUUGUUUUGUUUUCUGUCUGACUGACUGGGAAUCAGGAUGGGAUGGAAAGUGUUCGUUCGUUCUGGCGGUAGAGACACGAAACAUUCAUUCCCCGAAGAAGAAUAAACAAGACACCCCUAAGAAGAAAAAAAAAAGUGAAUCAGAAACACGCCAAAAAAGUACAAAAGAAAACUGGAACUCUCAUCUCCGGCGGAUCCCAACAGAUGGCGCGGCGAGAGUUUUAACUGCCACCAAGAUGCUCCCCUUGCCAAAUACGACUUUCUAAACCGGGAAUCAUUACCGGGAGAAGACACGAAGGCGUAAAAUCCACGCCACCUUGACCGUGCCCCUCCCGGAUGAGAAUCGAGGUCAGGUGCACAGUCCCUUUUUUAUUGUUACCUGUACUCGAGGCAGCUGGAACCGGUAGCCCUGCUGACUGCCUGCCCUACAUACGUCGCCCGGCUUGCUGAGAGUGGAACGCGUUUUUUUUGUUUUGUUUUUUCUUUCCUUUUUUCAGAUCUCUUUUUUAAUCUUGUUUUUCUUUUUACUUUUUCUUUUCUUCCUGUCUUCCACUGCACCGAAACUGUAGUUUUUAUUGUGUUUUUUUUAAAGGGAUUCUUGCUGGAGAUGAAGGCCACAAGGAUUAAUUUGAGUGUCUUUUGUCGUGAACUUACGCAUAAGUUUAUUCCCCGACGAGGAAAAAGGAACUUACCUUUGCCGAUAUUUCUUCUUGAAAAUUACAAAAGUAUUUCCAAAUCUUCAGUUAACAUAUUAGGAGAGAGAGAGACAAACAUGUAACGCCCCCCCCCCCCCCCCUUGCACCUCCAAACGAAAAGUUCAGAGCACUUCUUUCUUGUGCCAAUCACCUUUUCAUUAGUUACGAUUAUCGUGAUACUCUUUUUUUUUCUCAUAGAAGUUACAUGUAAAAAAAAACAAAAACAGUAUUGCUUCCCACGAAACAAAAAGGAUUUUAGUGAUGUUCUAAAACGAGAUGUCAUGACCUAACCUCUAGCACUUUCCAUCCCACGCCUAUAAUGCAAGCUCAAUAUAGCACAUAUAAGAUAUAUAUAUACAUAUACCUUAUGACUACGACGGUUCAUAGAACUCUUUAAGGUCAACUCUAAAAGCUAAAGGUACCAAUAUUGACCUUUAUAUCUCAGGUUAUUCCUUCGGUCUAUAAUAUUUCUUUCGGCUUUUGAAAUGAUGCGUAAUUGUACAAUAUUCCGACACAUUUUUCCCCCUUCGCCUCUUCCAAACUUUCUGAAUAUUGUCUAAAAACCUCAUUAUUCUUAUUGUUAUUAUUGUUAUUAUUGCAAUUAUUUAUUGUAAACUUAUUUAAUUAAUUUAUUGGCUACUAAUUUAUGUAUUGUGAUAUCAUACCUAUUAUUAAGAAUUAUCGAGAAGAGAUGCUAGUGUGAGACACUGCGCCAGAUUUUGUAAACGUUUUAAUAAUAAAGCGAACUUCGAAU